CAAGAACUGCAAUUAAUAGCUAUAGCAGAGGAAAUGCCAACGAAACAAACUACACCGCGAGCAAUGAGGACAGAACAGAGCCUGCUUCUGUUCUUGGUCCUGCGGAAGAGCCAGAGCUUAAGGCUUCCCCUAAUCCAUCUUCGGAAGCAUCCCCAAGCGGCUUCCUUUUCAAGCGGAAAAGGCGCCUAGAAUGCAUCUCGAGAUGGAUUACGAUAGGGUGAGCUCUAAAAAGCGCACUGAACAGGCGCCUUUGCUGGACAAAGGUGUCGUGG